GUGAUCACGCAGACAGACUCGAUUUCGCAGCGGGCCCGAAACGGCGCGCUCGCCCUCUCGCUCUGGCUGGAGUGCGUCUCAUGACUGCAAGAAAUCUGCCCCGCAGUCAUAGAGCGCAGGCGUAGACCAGCUGCUGUGAAGGGACAACGAGGAAGGAAUGCAAUUGUACGACAUCGAUGCGACGAGCGCCGGAGCUUGCAGAAUGUUUCCUCCUCGGCCAUAUGCGUUCGUUCCGAAUCGCGUGGACCUUACUGGCGGCGAGCUUCUCUGGCUGGUGGGCCAAAGCACGACCUCGGACAGAUGUCCGCGCACGAAUUGCUCGCACGAACUGGAUGCCUGCAUAGGAUUUCCAAAAGCGGGCAGAUACUGAUUCCUUCUAGAACAUGUAGGGAGCACAUUGGUCCGCACAUAGUGCAGCCGUCUCUGCAUUUGUCGAGUAAGGCAACCUCUCAUCUGACACAUCUCCCCAGAUUGGUGUUGCCCUACCACGCAUAACGACGCCGAUCUGAUCCGGCACACACCCACCGGCCUUCGAUUCGGCCAAUUCCGUAUCUGAAUCGUUCACGAGCGCAAAGCUCUACCUCCUCGGUGAUCAUCUGCGCCAAUUAGUUGCCGCGGAAUCUAUCAGCCGGCGGCUCCAGCACGUUCUGCAGCAUGACAGCAAGGUCCUGCUCAUAUGUGCAACGUCACCGUGGCCAAUGUGUUUGCUACCUGUACGCUGCUCGACAUGGUCUGCAUACAGGCUGCCAGAACCGCGGCAUGACGCAUAAGAUGAAUCGACGUGUACAUGUAUCAGGACGGAGCGGUGAAUAUGUCGCGUCGCGAUUUCAGAAUCGGACGCACAGCAGGAUCGACGUGUACUCGAGGAAACGAGUACUAGAACUAAAAUAUGGUCCUGGCGCCUGGUCUCAUCAUCCAGGUAGUCAUCACCGCCGACCAGUCAGUCGACAAAAUCUUCGAGCAGCGCUCACUUCCCAUCAUCAAGUCAUUCUGGCUAUCAACGAGGUGCAACAGCUCAUACUGAAUACCCAUCCUCCCUAGAACCUUUCAUAUGACUUCUCACGGCUUCAGCUGGUGCAGCUGUCCAUAUUGUCCCAACGACAAUGAUAGUCGGCGAUCUACCAGAUACCUAUCUUAUGUACCCUACUACGAAGCAGGUCAUCAACACAGCAUAUGCAGAUGGUGCGAACUCUGGCAGCAAUACGUACCUGGCUUCGAACUUUCACCCAUGUAUCGAAUCUACGCACAUGCCUUUGAAACGAUUCACGAUUUCUUCCGAGGAGCAGAGCAACACACUUCGACGCAAGAAAUUUCUCGCAUGAUUCGUGGAGUCGCCAAAUAUGUCGAUGGGCAAAAUCUUAUGGAAUAUCGCAUGUAUCGUUUGCAAGAACUCGUUUAUGAGUUGCAUGCUCUCGCUGCUCGCGUGAGAGAUUUGGCGGAAUGUGAAAUGUUACCGUUGGGUAUGCGGGGUGGUGGCGGUGGUGGUGGUGGGCUUGCAUAUAAUCGUUCUCCUCGAGCUAUUGGGUAUCGGUGAUGAUGAUGAUGAUGAGUAGCCGUGUUGAG